CCUCGUCUAGAGCGCUACGGGGAUAUUCACAGUUGUUUUUAAUGUUUGGAUAUCAUGAGUCUUUGCUUGGUCCCAGAUGAAUUAGACUAUUUAAGCAGCAUCGACUGACUGCUUUCCUGCCUCUUCUUGCACAACAAUCACUUGCCUUCACUUCGUAUAUAUCUUUUUCUCUCUCAUCUUUCGCUGUUCACUUUACACUACUGUUCCCCGGGACAUUGCCGUGAUCGCUCUUACUAUACACUCCAUUUAUACCGAGUCCGUCUUAAACGCACAUAUAUACAAUAUGUAUAAAUUCUUCACUCUUUCACUUCUUAUGACUCUAACCCCCAAUGUCCUGUCCGCACCUUUGGGUAAUGCGAUCACCACCGUCCCUACCGGGCAGAUCAUCAGGAGCUGCACCACUCCGAAUACUAUUGCCCUGACCUUCGACGACGGUCCCUCCGGCUACACGCCGCAAUUGCUUGACCUGCUGCAGGAAUACGGAGCUAAGGCCACCUUUUUCAUGAUCGGUGAGGGCAGCCAGGCAUAUCCCGAUACCAUCAGGCGCAUGAGGAGCGAAGGCCACCAGGUCGGAUCACACACGUUGGAGCAUGCCAGCCUCCCAUCCCUGAGCUACGAGCAAAUCGUGCAACAGAUGACGAAGCUCGAGGACAUUCUGCAGUCUGCCAUGGGCGAUAUCCCCACCUACAUGCGGCCACCGUAUUUCGAAGUCAACGAACAAGUGCUUGCGGCUAUGAAUGAACUGGGCUACAAGGUUAUCCAAUCUAGUAUCGAUACUAAGGAUUAUGAGAAUAAUGAUAUUACGCGGAUUGACCGCAGUUAUGAGAAAUUCGUUAAUGAGUUGAAUGCCGGUGGCAGCAUUGUGCUGGCUCAUGAUAUCCACGAGCAGACGGUGGUUAGUCUCGCUCGGCGGAUGAUGGAAGAGAUCAAGGCGAGAGGGUUCAAGAUGACUACCGUCGGAGAAUGCCUGGGUGAACCCGAAGCGGAGUGGUACCGUAAAGGUCGCUAGGGCUUGGACAUAUGAUAUGGUUUGAAGUUUGGAUGUCCCAUGUUGUUUUAUCGGUAUAGCGUUAUAGUAGUAUAGCGGUGUUCUGCAAGUUAUUUUCAGACUAGCCCUGAAAAUCGAAUCUAAAAUUAAUGAAAGUUUUG